GGGUUGAACAACAGGGAAAGGAUUGUACCAAAGUUUUCCUUUGGUAUCGGCAGUAGCCGACGAUGGCGGCUUCGGAACAGGGAGAAGUACCGGGAGCAUUUCCUCAUUUACAACGAUUUAAUCCCAAUCCGAAAACACUAACAUGGGAGAGAUUGGAGAAUAAACGUCUUAGCAAACUCGGGCUUGGGGCAAAGCGCUACUCUCGACAUUUUCAGAGAUUCCAACGUGAGCAGUCCAGUAUCUCAGAGAAUAAUGUCUCCGAAGUUCAGAUUGUGCACAAGUUGGACGCCAACGGUGUAAUGAGCAAGUAUGUACUGGUCGGAGGAGAACUGAAGAAGAUGAACUCUAUUGCCCCCUUCUAUACGGAAGAAAAACCAACGUGUGGAUUCUUCUUUAGUCGAAUUACCGAUAACAAAAAGAAGAAGUUUGGAAUUCCUCCCAGUGACCUGGUAAAGUGGAGAUCGCUCAGUCAGUAGACAUUGGCAAGAAAUUACGGGAUACCUAACAUCAGUGUUCUCGUGGAGAGCACCGGGGUAUUGAUUAAAGUGCCGAUUUAUAUUAAUUAAAACACCAGAAAACUUUUAUUCCCGACAUUGUCAGGCCGAACUCGUCUGUUCCUGGAACUUUUCUUCAACACCAAUUGUGUCUCCUGACUACACCAUCGAUUGUACUUCUAUAAGUGAGCGUUCACCUCGGACUGGUACCGUUGUGGAUGUGGGGACUGGAUCCGGACAGUCGAACUAUAAUCAGUGACUAAAAUCAUCCGGCUAUGGGUUUGAACUUUUGGGUACCAAAUCAGUAUUCAUAUGUAAUUGGUUGCUCAUUUUACUAUAGUAUUAUAUUUACCUUUCCAUUAUGUUUGUUGACGUAUUUUUAUAUUUUCAAAAAUAUAUAGAUUUUGCAUGUUAUUACGUUUUAUACAUUUAA